CAGUUGCUGAACUGCAGUCUGCAGAUGGUCGCUCGAGGUUGUGUGUAAAUUUCGCUCGCCUCUUGAGAUGCGUUCUCGUUGAUUUUUCUUGUCAGUUAUAAAGUACAUAUAAUUUUCGUUGUAAUUACAUUAACUCUAUAAAUGUCCUGGGAGUGGAUCGACAUAAUUUCGCAUCCACUAUGGAUGGUUUCCACAGUGAUUUUGAGUAUUAUUGUUCGAUCUCAAAGGCGAGGUCCUUGGGAUCCGCGUGCGUGCACUGUGCGGUUGAACGGCAAAACGGCAAUUGUUACUGGAGCGAACACAGGGAUAGGUAAGUUCAUUGCCCUGGACUUUGCUCGUCGUGGCGCACGGGUGAUUCUUGCAUGUCGCAGUGAGGCCCGGGGGAAUGCAGCGUUGCAGGAAAUCAGGAGGCUCAGUGGCAACGAUGAUGUGCAUCUGAAACUGCUGGACACCUCCUCACUGGAUUCGGUCAGAAAGUUCGCCGCCCAAAUCUUACAAGAGGAGAAGCAGCUUCACAUACUGGUCAACAAUGCUGGGGCCUCAGGUCUUCCUAGAGCACUCACUGCAGAUGGAAUAGAGGUUUCAUUUGCCACCAAUCAUGUUGGACCCUUCCUGCUCACCAAUCUACUUCUGGAUCUGCUGAAACGCUCAGCUCCAUCUCGUAUUGUGAACGUGGCCUCUGUUAACCACUGGAGAGGGAAGGUUGAUUUCUCUCACUUCCAUGGCGAAAACCUCAGUUACAAAAUGGACACUGUCUACAACCACACCAAGCUUCACAACAUCCUCUGCACCAAUGAGUUAGCACGCAGGCUACAGAACACAGGUGUAACAGCAAAUUCUCUUCAUCCAGGAGUAGUAAUGACAGAAGUAAUGCGAAAUUAUAGCUGGCUCGUCAGGUUUCUCUUCAGCUGUGUGGGAUUUUUCUUCUUCAAGACCCCUGAAGAAGGAGCUGUCUCUGCGAUUUACUGUGCAGUCGCAGAGGAGACGGAGGGAAUCACUGGGAAAUACUUUGACAGCGAUUGCUUUAUCGCGCUACCUUCUCCUCUCGCCCGAGAUCCUGCCCUUGCAACCAAGGACUUUGAGUUCUGUGAGAGACUGACAGCUAAACUUUAACCCAAUGCAAAACAGUCGAUUCUUAAA